GAGUGAGGAGAUAAUUUGCCCAUUGCAGGAGAGUUCGUUUCCUACCUUAGCUUGAGAGGAAACGUUCCUUAAGAGGAGCCAAACCACGGCAAUGGUCACGGCCAUGGCGGUAGCUUGUCCUCCUCACCUCUCUCUCGUCUUUGCGCCUCGAGUGCGCACCAAGAUUCACUGCCGCCGCCAUGCCCUCCGAGCGAGUCGGCACGAGUCCGGCACGAGGACGCUCUUCUUGUCCUGUCCUCUUCCUUGUGGCCGGAGAGUCAUCAAUUAUCGCUCAGCCUCCCACGCGGAGGAAAUUCCGGCGCCGGUGCCGGCGUCGACGGAGGACGAGUCGUCCUUUUCGGUCCUGGCCGCCAUCACGAGCCUGCACAACGAUAUUGUGGUUGUGGACACGCCGGCUUCGAGGUUUCUGCUCCUCGAUUCCACCCAUAACAUUCACAGCAUGUUAAACAAGGAGCAGUUAUUGACAGGAUCAUAUUGGGAUGAUUUUGCCAGUCUUCCUGCUAUUGUUCCAGAAGGUCCAAUUGCAAUCUUAGGCUUGGGUGGUGGAACAGCAGCACAUAUAAUGCUUAAAUUGUGGCCGAACUUGCACCUGGAAGGUUGGGAGAUUGAUGAAAUACUGAUUGACAUGGCAAGGGAGUAUUUUGGUCUGUCUGAAUUAGAGAAAUGCACGUCAGCUGGUGGUUCUCUUUCUGUUCACAUUGGUGAUGCAUUUUCUGAAUCUGUGAGAGUUCCAGGAGGUUUUGCUGGAAUCAUUGUGGAUUUAUUUUCCGAUGGAAAAAUUCUGCCGCAGCUAAAAGAGGUCACUACAUGGUUAGAUAUUGAGAGAAAAUUGAUGCCCCAGGGUCGUAUCAUGGUAAAUUGUGGUGGAGCUCAUGCUGAAGUAUCUGGAAGUGGUGAUGGAACAGCCAAUAUGGAUGGUUCCUGGAUUCAGAAUUCUACUAUUAAGGCACUUUGCCAAGCAUUUCCUGGAAAGCUAAGCUGGAAAAGAAUAGCAGAGAAAGAUAGUGACAACUAUCUUGCUCUCACUGGUCCAUUGCCAGACUUAGAUGCCUGGUCAGCUGCUGUGCCUCAUCAACUGAGCAUGAAUGUGAAAGAUUGGAGAACCUGCAAGCUUGCUUCAUAAAAUUUUCCAGUGUGACCAGCUUCAUUGUCCAUUUGGCAAUGAACAAGUUAUAUCAUUUGAAGAAACUCACCUAAGGAAACUAAUUCUUAUGGGCUUUGAGGUUACAUCUGUUACUGGAAAAACUUGGUGCUGACUCAAGGAGAUAGGAGGGAGUGCAUAUUUUAGGCUAGAAUUGUUGAUUGUUAGUCUCUUUCUAGUAACAACUAUUUUAAUUUUUAUUACAAAAUUUGAUUAGUGAUGCAGCUCACAAGAAGCGAGUGCACUGUAGUGGCUAAAGUUGUAGACUUGGAAGGAUCUUCCACAUUAUAUAUUUCAUCAUCUGAUUCAUUGCCAGGUAAUA